UGGAUACGCGUAGAAUGAUUUUUUGUUUAAGGGAAGCUUGAGAUUUAUAAGAAAGGAGAUAAGCAAUCGGAAAUACAACGUAUGACAACAGGGGCUUUAAAACUAAUAUCAGUCAAGCAUUGACUACGAAUAAAGAAACGAUACUAUACCAAUAGCUUUCGGAAACUCCAGUGUAUUAGACCUACAUUUUGCUUGCUAGAUAACUGGAAGACACUAUUUUUUCAUUAGCUAGCAGCUGUUCCUUCGAAAACUUAUCCCUAAUGUUUACAUAUUUGAGUACAAGUCAUAUUGAUGGUAAAAAUUCGAAGAAAUUGGAAUCAGAAAAUAAAAAUGAAGACUUGAAUUUGAACAAUAAAUCAAAUGAUGAAUUCGAUGAUUGUCUCAAAGUCCCAGAUGACCAGAACCAUGUCCAGUCCGAAGAUAAUGAAAAUCGUCUUAUCGGUGAUCACGAAACUCAGGAGUCGGAGGGUGGAGAGGCUGAUCUACACAAGUAUUACAUAGGCUGUAAGAAGAAUCCUGGUCACAGCCAGUUUAUACCUGUUGAUACUCUGAACAUGAAACAUCUUCCUGAAGGUUAUCAAGACCUUGAACUCUUUGAGUUCAUCAAGGCUGAAGCGGACCUGACAGUUAGAGUAAAUGUCCUAAAGACUAGCCCAGGCAGACCAAAAAUUUGGCCGAAAACUACGCGACCCUAUGCGUUUUAUGGCAUAAGAGGCAAAAGCAACUUGAGGACAGGAACCGGAAGAGUGUGUGACGUAUACAAGUUCCAAGAUGGAGUCAGGCAAGAUGGGCGUGUUGGAUUUACUGACUAUAUGAAAUGCUGGUGCACACAAUGUCAAGGUUCUGACUCACCCAGCAAUGUGUGGUGGGAGUUUGAUGUGUUCACAGCCACACAUGUGGUCUUCGAUGAUGACGAGGCCACCCACACGACCUUGAGACUUUUUUACAAUAGAGAUGAUAGUCCAGAGGUCAUUAUUGACAAGGUCAGCUUGGAAAGCGCAAACAUUGAGUAUGACAGGUGUUUGUUGAAAUGCGUGACAUGCGACCAAGAGUUGGGAAGUAACCUUAGAAAAUUAUGGGGACAUUAUGAAAAUGUCUGGGGAAAAGUCUUGAAAAAAUACACGAGCUCUAGAAAUAAGCACAAGUUACUAUUUAUAGUCUCCCAUCCACAUGGCUGUUCGAAGCAGGUCAGUGUCGGGCAUUGGAAGGAAAAACUAGAGGUGGGUGCAAAGACGAAAUUGACCUAUACAACUUCUACGUGUCCAGGAAGUAGUGGAGCACAUGUCCAAUGCGUGGGGUAUUUUGACGGGUGGUCAGAUCUUGUCCACAGUGGAAGUUUUAAUUCUGAAUUGAAUUACAGUGCUCCUGGCCGUGUGUAUGUCUUUGGUAGUUGAGUUGUUUCCCUUGCGAGUGUUUUUUUUUCUGUCUUUGACCUGUGAUUUAUUUCCCUUGUGAGUGGUCUUGUUCUGUAAUCUAUUUCCCUUGUGAGUGGUCUUAUUCUUCGUCUUUGCAUUUAGUUAUUUCCCUUGUGAACAGUCUUGUUCUACGUCUUCGACUUUUUUGAGUUAUCUCCCCUGUGAGUUGUCUUAUUCUUCGUCUUUGACCAUUGAGUUGUCUUGGAAUACUGAGUUGCUUCCCUUGUGAGAGGCCUUGUUCAUGUAUUCAAGCUUUAAGUUGUUUGUCUCGUGAGCUGUUUGGUCCUGUGGUACUCGCUUCGGUCUGUCUUCGCGAUGGUCCCGUGUUCCAACCCUUCCCGGCUGCCACCCUCCGACGUUCUGCAUGAGAUAUGGGCUGGGACGUAAUAGUCGUCAGCUCUGAAGAAACGUCCGAAACGUCAAAAGCAAUGACAACACAUCACAUAAACAUGUGAGCGCCUAUAAUCUUAACGAUGCUUAUAUAUAUAUAUAUAUAUAUAUAAUAUAUAUAUAUAUAUAUAUAGUUCUUCCAUCGUGCAUCGAUGAUGACCACUUUGUCAUCCAGGGGGCUGAAGGCUUUGCACUGGGGUUUUAUGCCUCCUCAUGUGGCUGGUGAGACCUAUGUGAGCCCGGAAUGUUCGGCCGCACACUGGGCAGGUUAUUCCAGCUGGAGCUAGUGUCGUUUGCCUUGCUUUUCUUCUCUGGCGUUUUUCUUCUGCCAGCGCGGUUCUCUUUUCCUCAGCAACCUGUGCGCCAAAUUUCACAGCUCGACGCCAUGAUGUUCUGUCAUGUGCAUCUGUCUCUCAGGUGGCUGGGUCUAUGCUGAACGCCUUCAGAGAAGCUUUGAAGCGCUUUCUUUGACCACGCUUUCCUUCGCUUAGUUGGCCAUACAAGAGUCAUUUAGGGAUGCGGUGGUCUUCCAUUCUGCAGACGUGUCCUGCCCAUCGCAGCUGGGACUGCAUCAGGAUUGUGUGGAUGCUUUGCAGACCCGCUCUUCGAAGGACUUUAGUAUCUGCUUAUAGUAAUUCACUCUGUAUCUUUUCCACUAACUUGGAUCAAGUUGAAAUCUUACACAACUAUUCAUUGUAACUAACAAAACACGAAUGAAUCAAUAAAUAAAUCGAUUAAACAAUUAAUAAAUUAGUUGUGCUAAUUUUUAUGAUACUGAAAAGGGGAAAUAAAUCAUAUAGUAUUAAGAGAUGUGGCUGUUAAUGUUGAAUUCUUCCCCUUAGAAUUGUUUUUAAAAAAAUAAAAAAAUAGACAUUUGCUUAUUUGUUUACGCGUUACAGUCUUUUCUUCCAAAACAAAAUGUAAUCUUUUGUUUUCUGUAUAGUUAACAUAUUUAAUUCACACCGGAAGUGCACUUUUAAAAUGUGCCUGUGUCUUUCGAUUUAUAAUAUUAACAUUUUUCUUGUAGACUUAGAAAAUGUUGACUUAUUAAAGCUCUGACAAUCAACUUUUAUAAAUCAAUAAACAUGUAUGUCUUCA